AUGACGUCCAUGCUCUCCAGCCCGCGUAGAGGAGUAUGGCUCCUCACGUUCCCACCAUCAGCGUCCACUCCUGGGCUGCUGGACGAGGUGCUCGCCCGCCUGGACCAGGUCGAGGCCGAGCAUGGAACCAUGGGAGGACCUGGUGCGCUCGUGCUCGCGCCGGCUCCUCAGGGCCUGUUCAGCGUCGCGACUGAUGUACGAGCAAACGUCCUGCCAGCGGUCGAGCAACUUGCGCGUCGGCUUGUCGCCUGCCCCUUGGCGACAGUUGCCGUCCUGGACGGACAUGCGUUCGGGUACGGCCUCCUCCUCUCCCUGUGCUGCGACGUGCGUCUCAUCACCCCGCGGGGGUCGCUCGCUCUGGGCCACGCCCUGUCCGAACAUCCACGGUCGGCACUGGGACGCGACAUUCUCGCCGCCAAGGUGCCGAACGCCAAAGCGCACGAAGCGGUGAUCAGCGGAAAUGCCUGGACCGCAGAGCAGGCAGUGCGUGGGGGGAUUGUCGAUGCUGCUGUUCAGCCGCGCGAGGUCGUGAACCGCGCAGUGGCCGUUGCAGAGGGCACGCUACGGCCCGACACGGUGGACCUGCUCGCGCGUAGGGCAUCAGCAACACUGGCAGCGCGUACUUGGCCCAACCCUUGCCCCAUCGUCACCCGCCUGCCCCACCUCACCAACGAGCUCGCCGGGUACUUAUUGAGGCUGCUCCCAGACCAAGAGGCCGUGGCGGCGUGGGCCAAAGUGGAGUUGUAUGGGGAGCAUGACAAGUCGUAUCGACUGAAGGCGGCUGCCGUCAAGGCACAUCUCUAG